AUGUUGCGAUUGGUGAUCGGAGUGAUGGGGAAUGCUGCCGCUUUGCUGCUUUUCGCUGCUCCAACAUUGACUAUGUCCAGAAUCGUAAGGAAGAAAGGCACAGAGGGGUUUUCGUGUGUACCUUACAUCACUACGCUGUUCAACUGUCUCCUUUACACUUGGUAUGGACUCCCAGUUGUAAGCAACAAAUGGGAAAACGUUCCGCUCUUCACCAUUAACGGCACAGGGAUUCUUUUCGAGUUAUCGUUCAUCAUCAUCUAUUUGUGGUUUUCUACAGCACAAGGGAAGAUAAAAGUAACUGCGAUUGUGAUACCUGCUAUUCUGGUGUUCUGCAUCACCGCCUUUAUCUCAGCCGUUGUUUUCCAUGACCACCAACAUCGAAAAGUAUUUGUCGGAAGCGUCGCUAUAGUGGCCUCUGUGUCAAUGUAUGCUUCUCCCCUGGUGGUCCUGAAGCAAGUGAUACUAACAAAGAGCGUCGAAUACAUGCCAUUCUACGUGUCUCUUUUCUCGUUCAUCUCUAGCUCCCUCUGGAUGGCUUAUGGACUACUCAGCCACGAUAUCUUUGUUGCGUCUCCGAAUCUGGUCGGAACCCCAUUGAGCAUCCUUCAACUAGUGCUCUACUGCAAGUACAGGAAAGGGGGAACAGUGGAGUUACCAAACAAAAGGGAUCCUGAAGGGAAUAAGGUUAACGAUGAAAAGACGAUACAGCUGCAGAUUGUGAUUUGUGACACAGAAAACGGAAAAAACUGA